GCUUUUUUGGUCGAGAUUUCGGCGAACACUUUAGAUUUUCCGACCGAUUCAUCCCGGCUUCAGGGUUUGUCAAUUCUCUGCCGYGACCUCGAAUCUUUCCGAUCGUCCGCAACCCCUGCCAAAAUAACUCUACUCUCCUGACUGAUCCCGCCAUCUGAACUGGGUCUGUUUUGUGAAGCAGCAAUUGUUCAAUUUUGUUUGGGAAUUUAGAUGCCAAUGCCAACACCAAGGGACUACAGCACUGCAGAUACAAUGAGGCCUGAGCAGAAGGUUGGGAAGCCAGAGGAGGGAAGUGAUUCCCUUGACAGUUUUAUCAGACAAGCAAUAGGAAGAGAGCCUUUUCUUUCUUUUCCAAGGGCUGGUGACAGUCCAGUCCAGUGGAUUCAAUUACUUCAUGCUUUAGACCAGCAAGGUACUGCUAAGCUCUCUAAAGGCCCAAAGUUUAAUGACAACAUAGAAGGGAAGGAACGUCAUCUGGGGCACUGUAAUGGUGUUAGUAUGUAUACCUCGGAAAGUAAUGGGGUAAAGGAAUCUAUUCACCCUAUAAAAAGUAGCGGCAUUGCAGUAAAGGGGACGAAGAGUGCCUCUGAAAACAUGCAAACUCUCAAAAUCCCUGAGGCUGUUGUUGCCUUUGCUCAGGCAGCUGCUAAGGCCAAUGGUGAGCCUGAAAAAUAUCUCCCAGGAUGGCCCCUGCUGUCUCCUUCUAAGGUUCCGAUGCAAAAAUGUGAUAAGUGUUCUCGGGAGUUUUGCUCACCCAUCAACUAUAGAAGGCACAUACGUGUACAUCGUCGGUCUUUGAACAUUGACAAGGACUCUCCUAAAAAUAGGGAUAUAUUAGGAGCAUUUUGGGAUAAGCUUUCUUUGGAUGAGUCCAAGGAACUUGUAUCCUUCAAAAAUGUGACACUAGAGGAAGUUCCUGGGUCAUCAAUUAUAAGGGCAUUGACAUCAUUUAUUUGGAAGCCGGUGUUUUCUUCACUGCCACAAGCUUAUGUGAAGGCUGGUUCAGCCCUUCUGGAUAUUAUCCAAGCUAGACCUUCAAAGUUUCCUUUAUCUUCCCAGGAAUUAUUCAGCAUCCUUGAUGAUGCAAGCGAAAAUACCUUCUUGUGUGCUGGCACAGCUGAUUCCAUGCAAAAAUUUGUAUUUGAUGGAGAAGCUGGGAAGAUUGGUCUUGAGAUGAAGAAUCUGGUUGCUUGCACGAGUUUCCUGGUGGAACAGAAGCUGGUUAAAGCAUGGAUAGCUGAUAAGGAUGCUGAAGCCCUGAGAUGCCAGAAGUUGCUUGUGGAGGAAGAGGAAGCUGCUCAGAAAAGGCAAGCUGAGAUCUUGGAAAAGAGACGGCUGAAGAAACUUAGACAGAAAGAGCAGAAAUCGAAAGAACAAACGAGUGUGGAAAAGACAGAUUUCAAAGAAUCUUCCCCAGAGACAUGGGAGGAUUUGCCUUCUGCAGAAACAACCAGCCCAGUGGACGUCUCUGACUCCCAUCCAUGCACAUCUGGAGAACAAUUGGAUCCUAUUCAACCAAGUUUGGAGCCCAACCAACUUUUGGACACUGAUCUGGAAGCAGAUACAGGAAGUCACGCAGGUUUUAGUGAUCCUGAUGUUGAGAUGGCUUCUGGUAACACCAGUUCAGCCAACUAUCAGAAUGUGUACCAUGAAGUGCAGCAAGAAAGUAGCCGAAGACAGAUGAAUGCCGCUCGAAGGCAGCUACCAAAACAGCUAAAGGGCACCUCAAAUGGAUUUCACUCUGGUCAGAUUCCUCCUAUGUCGAAGGUGGGAGCUGCACCAAAGCAUGGGAGUUACAGGGACCAGAGAGCCACUUCCACGGUUAAUGGUCAUAAGGUGUGGACACGGAAAACCAAGUGUGAAAAUGAAGAGGAGUGUUCAAAUGUAAAAGAACAAAGAGAAUUUCUGAAUCAAUCAGAUCAGAAUGGAAGCAACGAGUUGUUGAUCGGUUCUAUCUCUGUCACUCUUGGAGAUUGCAGUGGUGGGUGCCAGGGCAAUAUUCUGGCUGCUUCUGUUGACCAGUGCACUUCGGAUUAUCAACCGCCUAGACGGAACAACACCCAAGAGAAACCCAUUAAACUUGAUGUUUGUCACAGUAGUACAAGCCGAUCAAUGGUCAAGCUCUGGAGACCGGUGGGAAGACAAGAAGGUUCUAUGGCAGUUCAAAAUGAAACUAGAGAAGCUGAAAUGGAUGUGAAUUCUGGUGAAGGCACUGAUAGAAUUCUGUCCAAUGAAAGCUGUCUGGUCCAAGGUAAUAUAGAUGAUAAUAGUUCAGAGAGCAGAAAUGGUUCUUCCAAACUGUGGGAAGAAAGCACUGAUGCAAGAGGCCUCAGGUUAUUCUCGAGUCGUGCUGCAGCAGCUUUUCUUGCCCAGCGAUGGAAGGAGGCAAUAGCAGCUGACCAUGUGAAGCUGGUCCUAUUCCCAAAAACUGGACCUCCAGGAUCCCCAGAGAUCUUAGAUGAUGCUGAAGUGGCCACGGCAUUGCCAUCUGAUUGUUGCAAAGUGAAUAACCUUGGCAACGCUGGGGUGGGACCUCUUGAGGUUUCCCCUACAGGACCCAAUAAAGCCAAGUUCAGGGGAAAGCCGGAGAAGGUGAUAAAGCUAAAGUACAUACCCAAGCAGAGAAACGGCACUUGAUUGAAAGUUGAAACCAUUUUUUGUUAUAUUUUACCAUUGUGCAUUUUCACCAACGCCCAGCAGAGGUUCCAGUUUUUAGCAGAGGUCUUCUGUGCUUAUAAAAAAGAACAGAAAGAUGAAAUGGAAAAAAAAAAAGACGAAAAAAGAUUAAUUUGGCGGAAAGUCCUUUAGAAUGGCUGGUUUUCUUUUUAUUCUAUUUAUUUCUUCCAGAUUCUGGUAGGGUCUUUCCGUUAUGUUAUCUAAUUUUUUUUUUUUAUCUGUAAUAAUGUGGGCUUUUAGCGUUAUUGCAAAGCUUUCAUUUUCUUUGUGUCUUGUUAUUUUUGCCUUUUUUUUGGUACAUACUGGUUAUUUUUCUUCAAUCUUUAUGUUCAACAGUCGUUAGAUGCAUUUUACCUUCA